AUGACUACCCAUAGAGCUAAGCAGAAAAUCGUCGUCGUUGGCGCCGGCGUAGUCGGCCUGACGAGUGCUCUCGCGCUCCUCCGGCGCGGCACCUACAGCGUCACCGUCGUGGGCACACACCUGCCCGGCGACUUUGCUUCGACGUACACGUCACCGUGGGCGGGAGCGAAUUGGUGGCCGGUCUCGCGCGCCGACACGCGCGAAGCCGAGUGGGACACGCAGACCUUCCGGGAGCUGUGGCGUCUAGCGAAUACCGUCCCCGCCGCCGGAAUCGCCGUCAGGGAGUGCCACAUCUAUAAGCGGAAUAAAGAUGCGGGCGGCAUCAUCACCGACUGGAUCGAUAGCUUGUUGAGUGACGAGCCGUGGUUCAGGGAGCUUGCGCCGGGAUUCAGGAAGCUGGAGAAGGCGGAGCUGCCCAAGGGCGUGGAUAGUGGGACCACGUUUAGCAGUGUCUGCAUCAACCCCGCAAUCUUCCUGCCAUACGUGCUGGGUGAGUGUUUGCAGCUCGGCGCAACGGUGAGAAGGGGGACGUUGCGGCAUAUCGCGGAGGCGGCGGGGAUGCAUGCGGAGGGGAAGGCGGACGUGGUAGUUAACUGUACCGGCCUGAUGGCGGGGAAGCUCGGUGGUGUCAUGGACGAGAAGGUGAUUCCGGCGCGGGGACAGAUCGUCGUAGUGCGGAACGAGGCACCGACGAUGAUGACCAUUUCUGGCACCGACGAUGGGCCGGAGGAAAGCACUUAUAUCAUGAUGCGGCCCAACGGCGGUGGAACCGUAAUCGGCGGCAGCUACGAAAAGGGUAAUUUCGAGACUGCGGUGGAUCCCAACCUGACGCAGCGAAUCAUGAAGCGGGCCAUUGAGCUGUGUCCCGAGCUCGUCAAGCCCGGCCAAGGCGUUGAAGGGCUGGAUGUGAUCAAGACCUAUGCCGGACUGAGGCCGUUCAGGAUCGGUGGCGUGAGGCUGGAGAAGGAGGUUAUCGAUGACGUCGUGGUGGUUCAUAACUAUGGCGCUGGUGGAUUCGGAUAUCAGGCGAGCUACGGGAUGGCGGAGUAUGCGGCCAGACUGGUGGACGAACAGUCGCCGGUGGAGAAAGCCAAUUUGUAG